GUGGGUAGUGUUAGAAUGAUUGUGUCCCCGAAAAAAAAAAGACUUACACUAUGAAACGGAGAAAGUAUAUCUGUAAAAUUGGAAACCUCUGGAACCUCCGGGACAAACAGGAUGUCGAAGUCAGGUGAACCAGAAAAUUUGCCUGACAGGUCGAAGCCAAAAACAGAAGCAAUACUGCUCCUCUUCUACUCUGCUUCACUAUAGUCCAUUCAGUAUUCCUCUUACUCUGCAAGCGCGUGCAAGCAAGAAGAGAAGAAGAAGAAGAAGGAAGGUAGCGGCGGCCAUGUCUCUCACGGGAUGCCUCCCUCCUCGGCCGCCAUGCUCGAUGAGGAGGAGAACCAGUGGAGGAGGAGCCUCUGUCUCUCCUGUCGUGGCGAUGGCGUCCACGGCAGGAGUUGGCGGCAUCGGCAACCCCACCCCGAGAGGCAAGAAGCCCUUCGCCCCGUGGCGCGAGGUGCCACCCCAGGUGACCCACACGCUGCCGCCGGAGAAGAAGGAGGUCUUCGACUCCCUGGAGGGGUGGGCGGCGGACACCAUCCUCCCCUACCUCAAGCCCGUGGAGGAGUCGUGGCAGCCGCAGGACCACCUCCCGGACCCGCGCUCGCCGUCGUUCGGCGACGAGGUGGCGGCGCUGCGGGAGCGCGCGGCGGGGCUCCCCGACGACCACCUGGUGUGCCUCGUCGGCGACAUGGUCACCGAGGAGGCGCUCCCCACGUACCAGACGAUGCUCAACACCAUGGACGGCGGGGUGCGCGACGAGACCGGCGCCGGCGGCAGCGCCUGGGCCGUGUGGACCAGGGCGUGGGCCGCCGAGGAGAACCGGCACGGCGACCUGAUGAACAAGUACCUCUACCUCACCGGCAGGGUCGACAUGAGGCAGGUCGAGAAGACGAUACAGUACCUCAUUGGCUCCGGCAUGGAUCCACGAACGGAGAACGACCCGUACAUGGGGUUCAUCUACACGACGUUCCAGGAGCGCGCCACCUCCAUCUCCCACGGCAACACGGCGCGCCACGCGGGGCGCCACGGCGACGCCGCCCUGGCCCGCGUCUGCGGCACCGUCGCCGCCGACGAGAAGCGCCACGAGGCCGCCUACGCCGCCAUCGUCGCCAAGCUCUUCGAGGUGGACCCGGACUACACGGUCAGGGCCUUCGCCCGCAUGAUGCGCCGCAAGGUCGCCAUGCCGGCGCGCCUCAUGUACGACGGCGCCGACGACCGCCUCUUCGCCCGCUUCGCCGCCGUCGCGCAGCGCCUCGGCGUGUACACCGCCGCCGACUACGCCGGGAUCAUCGAGUUCCUCGUCGCGAGGUGGGGCGUCCCCGGCCUCGCCGCGGGGCUUUCCGGCGAAGGGCGGCGCGCGCAGGACUUCGUCUGCAGCCUCGGGCCGAGGUUCAGGAGGAUGGAGGAGAGGGCGCAGGAGGCGGCGAAGCGGGCGCCGCCCGCCGCCGCCGCUCCGUUCAGCUGGAUCCAUGGCCGUCAGGUGCAGCUCUGAUUCUGACUGAAUCGGUGGUAAUUAUUACAGUAACAAGUUUGUGUUUAGACAGAAAGAAAAUCUGACAACACCAGUUGCUGAGAAAGACAUAAAAUAGCUUUAAGUCUAAUAAUUGUUAUGUGAUCUUGCAAAUUAAAAUGUGUAUACUUUGUCCUUUGUUGAUAACUUGAUAUGGUACAUGAAAGAAAAAAAAUCAUGCAUGUGGUGUUGGUUUC